UACAGUGGUUGGUUUUCUUCCUUCCACUGUGGAAAUGUUGACGUUCAUGAGUUAGUCUGAUGUUCGCAGUGAUUCAUUCAGUAGCCACAGUGCCUGCAUUCAAUAACACAUUUACAGUGCAAAUAUAUUUUUGGGAUAACAUUGAUAUCUAACGCAAGAUUAGUGAACCAUCCAGCCACAGGAAUGGAAAGGAAAAUGGCAACAGGACCUGGGUUUACUGAUAAGAAGAAUGAUACAUGCUGCGAGAGUGAAAGCACUGUGUAUGUACAUAACCCACAUUUGGAUGGAAUGAAAAAGGACAAUCUCUACCAUUUUAACCUUGGGACCUCUACUCACGACUUGCCAGCAAUGUUUGGAGAUGUCAAGUUUGUCUGUGUGGGGGGCAGUCCCUCAAGAAUGAAGUCCUUCAUAGAGUACAUUGCUGGAGAGCUGGGUCUGGAGAAUGCCAAGUCUGAGUACCCCAACAUCUGUGCUGGAUCUGAUCGCUUUGCCAUGUACAAGAUUGGCCCUGUGCUCUCUGUCAGCCAUGGCAUGGGGAUCCCCUCCAUUGCCAUCAUGUUACAUGAGCUCAUCAAGCUCCUCCACCACGCCCACUGUACUGAUGUGACUAUCAUACGCAUUGGAACAUCAGGUGGAUUAGGUCUUGAGCCAGGCACGGUGGUAGUCACCAAGCAGCCAGUAGAUGCCACCUUUCUGCCCUGGUUCAAGCAAAUCAUUCUGGGGAAGACGGUGGUGCGAAGCACAGACCUGGAUGAAGGUCUGGCCGAAGAACUGCUGCAGUAUAGCAAUGAACUGGGCCAAUUUAACACGGUCAUAGGCAACACCAUGUGCACCUUGGACUUCUAUGAAGGCCAAGCACGUCUGGAUGGAGCUUUCUGCUCCUACACAGAAAAGGAUAAACAGGAGUACCUGACUAAAGCAUACGAGUCUGGAGUUCGCAACAUCGAGAUGGAGUCCUCUGUAUUUGCUGCCAUGUGCAAACUGAGUGGCCUGAAAGCGGCUGUGGUGUGUGUGACACUACUGGACCGCCAGAAAGGUGACCAGUUGAACAGCGAAAUUCUCCAAACCUAUGAACAACGUCCUCAGAUAUUGGUCAGCCACCUCAUCAAGAAGAGGCUCCAAGCCUCAGGCUAUUACAAAAGCUAAUCUUUUGUGUUAUGGUCAUGGAGCAGAGCCUCUCUCCUUAAGUGGAAUUCAUUCAAUAUCGCCUGACUGAUUCACUGCAUAUUGCACAUUUAUCAACAUUUAUCAUUUACCAUGUAGAAUACAAUCUACAUUUAUAUUAUACUUAUAUUGUAUUUGCCAUACAUUUCUUCUGCAGCGAAGGGUUCCCGUUAAUGGACUACUUUAGAAUAAUGUGGAACUACCAAGGAGCAUAUUGCGUGUUACCAAAUUAAAGUAGUACAGCUCCGGAAUAAAUUAAGAGACCACCGCGCCUUUGUCUUUCCUUUCCAAAAAAAUUUAAAAGGAAAGUUAUG